CGACCUACGGGUUGUUACAGAUAUUGGCAUUUAUAUGAGAAAAAUAUAGAGAAAUUCCCUUGCGGCGUCUGUAAAAAACCUACUAUAUCUAUUACGGGAUAUUGCCCAAAAUAUUCUGGUCGAUUUCAUUCUUUGAACUAUCGAAUGAGACAAAAAGGGGUUAUUCAAGAUCCUGAGUAG